AUGGGCUCAUCAAAAGAUCUUGAGAAAUCCGGUGUCGAGCAGACGGAUGUCAUAUAUGCUGACGAUCAUCACCAUCACGACAGCAGACUUGCCGAUGGCGAGCCUGAUACCACAAUAGAUACUACCUGGAAAACAUGGAUCGCCAUCUUUUUGCUUUCCUCCUCCAUCGGCAUCUCCUUCUGGCCUGUGCCUACCACGUCUCCCAUGAUUUCUGUCCUCGCCGCUCAGUUCGGUGAUACUCAAUCAAGUGCUUGGUUUGUGUCGUCUUUCACAACCGGUUGCGCUCUUGGUUUCUUGAUUUCCGGUACAAACUCUGAUCUCUUUGGCCGUCGUAUCAUCGUCCUCGUUGGAAAUGCCCUUUCCGCUGUUGGAUCCAUCGUCUGUGCGACCUCACAUCGAUCAGACCAGUUCAUUGCGGGCAUGGCCAUUCUGGGUUUCUCGUCCGGUAUGAGCCAACUGGGUCUCAUCGGCGUUCCCGAACUGAUGCCGAACAAGUAUCGUCACGUUGGAAUCGUCAUUUCGGACGGCGUUUUGUUUCCAAUUCUCAUCUGCGGACCCAUCAUAGGAAGAUAUGCCAUCAAGGAUGCAACCAGCCGCAACUGGCAAUGGGUCUACUGGGCCUCGUUUAUUUGCAUGGUCAUUAAUUUCGUUGGCAUAUACUUCUGUUAUGUCCCUCCCAAACACCCGCGUGGUGUGCCCUGGAAGCAGGCCAUCGCAGGAUUGGAUUACGUCGGCGCGCUUCUUGUCACCGGCGGUGUCGCUUUGACUCUCAUCGGCAUAGUCUACACAACGUACCGCAAUGCCAGUUCCGCCAUUGUUCUCGGUCCACUGUGCUCCGGUAUUGGCCUCUUGGUGCUGUUUGGUAUUUGGGAGAAUGUCUCAAGUGUGCCUUACAAGCUCUGUCCGCCACAGAUAUUUUCCUAUCACUGGGGAAGGUCCUUCACAGUCCCUUUCAUGUUUGGGGCCGUUAUCACGAUGUACUAUUAUUCAGCCGGCAUUGCUUGGCCUACUAUGAUAUCCGUGUUUUACACCACCCCGACCUCCCCGGUUAGCGAGUCGCUCAUUCUCACUCUACCUUCGAAUCUAGGCCUUGUCGGUGGAGCGCUCAUAUUUGCUUGUACCGGGCAUCACAUUGGACACUGGAAGCUCACAUUGAUCAUUUCAUUCGCACUCGCCGUCGUCUUCGGAGGUCUUCUCGCGCUCGUCACCCCAUACAACAAGAGCCUGAUGAUUGGUAUGAUCUUUUGCCAGCAGUUCUUCUUUGGCUGGGCACAAUACGAAGCCGUUGCCUUUGUUCAGCUUGGUGUAGAGCAGCUCGAUCUUGGCGCCUCCGGCGGUCUUGCUGGUGUUGCUCGUUUCGGUGGCGGCUCGCUCGCCGUCGCGGUGUAUACUAGCGUACUGACAAACAGUCAGUCGAAAAAAGCUCUCGAUCUCGUGGUCAAGGCGGGCAUGGAAAAUGGACUCACAAAGGCCGCUGCUACUCAGCUUCUCUCGGCCCUAUCUCUUGGAGCUCAAGCCAUCGCUGCAGUGCCUGGUAUCAACCCGAACGCCAUUGCCGCAGCGAGCGUAGCAUUCAUGGAAAGCUAUGCGUACGGACUAAAGAUGAUGGCCUUGGCAUCUCUCGGGUUUGGAGGAUUCGGACUGGUGUUGUGUUUGCUCUGCGAGGACAUCGGUCCUAAGAUGAACAACAAGACAAACGUGUUCCUCGAAAAUGACAUUAAUGCGGAAAAGAAUGACUUCCACUGA